AUGUCGGACGACGAUGAUUUUAUGCAAGACUCUGGAGAUGAGGAUUAUGAUUUCGACUACGAAGGCUCCGGCGACGACGAUGAAGCCGGUGAUAUCGGAAUCGAAAACAAAUAUUAUAAUGCCAAGCAGAUGAAGGUGGACAACCCGGAAGAAGCGGUGGAUGAGUUCUUGGGCAUACCGCCGAUGGAAAUGGACAAAAGCGACUGGGGAUUUAAAGGACUAAAGCAAGCUAUCAAAUUAGAAUUCAAACUCGGACGAUACAGCGAUGCUGUCGAACACUAUCGCGAACUCCUUACUUAUGUCAAGUCCGCCGUCACUCGAAACUACUCCGAAAAGUCCAUCAAUAAUAUGCUCGACUACAUCGAGAAGGGAUCUGACGAUGGCCAGGCGUACCAAUGCAUGGAGGAGUUCUACUCUUUGACACUUGAAUCAUUUCAGAAUACCAACAACGAGCGACUGUGGCUGAAGACAAACAUUAAAUUGGCUCGAUUAUGGCUCGAGCGCAAGGAAUAUGGUCAGCUCAGCAAGAAAGUGCGGGAGUUGCAUCGGGCAUGUCAGAAGGACGAUGGGUCGGACGAUUCCAGCAAAGGCACCUACCUGCUCGAGCUGUUUGCUCUAGAGAUUCAAAUGUACGCGGAAACGAAGAACAAUAAACGCCUGAAGGCGCUCUAUCAGCGAGCCCUCCGAGUACGGUCCGCCGUGCCCCAUCCGAAGAUUAUGGGUAUCAUCCGAGAAUGUGGUGGCAAGAUGCAUAUGAGCGAGGAGAAUUGGGAAGAGGCACAGAGCGAUUUCUUCGAGUCGUUUCGAAACUACGAUGAGGCGGGUUCGAUCCAACGGAUCCAGGUCCUCAAGUACCUGGUUCUGACUACCAUGCUCAUGAAGUCAACCAUCAACCCGUUCGAUUCACAAGAGACCAAGCCAUACAAGAAUGACCCUCGGAUCUCGGUGAUGACCGACUUGGUGGACGCCUAUCAGCGUGAUGACAUCCAUGUCUACGAGGCCGUGCUGAGCCAGAAUCCCGAUGUCCUGGCCGACCCGUUCAUUGCCGAGAAUAUCGACGAGGUCAGCCGCAAUAUGCGUACCAAAGCCGUGCUCAAGCUGAUUGCCCCUUACACUCGUUUCUCCCUCCAAUUUAUUUCCAAGCAUGUCAGGAUCGCUGUUCCCGAGGUCCUGGAUAUCCUAGGCUUCCUCAUUCUCAAUAAGCAGCUGGAUGCCAACAUUGACCAAUCAAAUGGAACCGUGGUCGUGUCAAAUCCCAGCGACGUGGAACGAAUCCGUGCCUUGCGAGAGUGGAGCUCGUCCCUGCGCACCCUCUGGCAGACAGCUCUCAACGGGGAGGGGCUCCGUGCGGACGAUACCCACGGGGCUGCGGGCGCUAUGUUCGCCUCCGGGUUCGGCGACGAGUCUCCUAUGGGAAUGCGACCACUCAAUCCGCGCAGCAGACGGGACUUACGCAAAACGCCCGGAGUUAAACAAACAGCGUCCUAA